AUGGCGGACCUUUCGAAAGGAUGCUUCAGCGCGCUCCUGCCGACGCUUCGUCGUAAUAAGCGCAAGGGUGCGGCGUCGCCGCCACCUUACAGCUCCACCCAGGUCAUCGCGAGCAAGGAGCAGGUAAGUGGGACGAGGUUCGUUCUACGGAGAACCGGGGAUUUACGCUUUCAGUCCGGCUGUGCUUGCGCACUUGACGGGCCCGCUGACUUCGCAUAUGCACCUGAAGAAACUUGGUGGCGCGACGACAAGUUGCCACCGUACAUUGGAGGGCUGGAUGCACCGGCCCCUUCAUUCGUUCAGACCGUCAAUGACGUGCUGGACGGUCUGGACAGCGAACUCCGAGAACUCAGUCUUCAGAUCCACUCACACCCAGAAUUAGGCUACAAGGAAAGAUUCGCACACGACACCCUCACGACUUUCAUGGCCAAGCACGGGUUCACCGUCACCAAGCACUACCUCGGCCUCGACACCGCCUGGCGCGCCGAGUACACGCACAUCGGCGGUGGUCGCGUCCUGGGCAUCAACGCCGAAAUGGACGCCCUGCCCCUCGGACACGCCUGCGGCCACAACCUCAUCGCGAUGAGCGGCGCAGGCGUCGCGGUUGCAGUCAAGAGCGCAUUGGAGACGCAUAAUCUGCCGGGCAAGAUCGUUAUACUUGGCACUCCAGCAGAUUUCUCUCUUUACGUCGCAGGACGCCGCCGACACGUGCGUGCAGGUGGCGGUGGCAAGGUUCUCCUUCUGGAGCGCGGGGCGUAUGAGGGAAUGGAUGCUUGUAUCAUGUCCCACCCGACCGUCGGGCCGCCGCAUACGGCGAAUGUAGGGAGCACGAAUGCACGAUUUGGGUUCCAGGUCGACUAUGAGGGACAUAGCGCGCAUGCGGCGGCGUCCCCUUGGGAAGGCACAAAUGCUCUGGACGCUGCUUUCAUGGCUUACGCAGGAGUCUCUGCUUUACGACAGCAAAUGAAGCCUACGUACCGAGUGCACGGGAUCAUUGUUGGUAGAGAGGAGUGGACGCCGAAUGUAAUCCCCGACCACGCUACCAUGCGCUGGAACGUCCGCGCGCCUACCAAGGAGGAAGCCUCUGACCUCGCCGAGAGGGUGAAGAACUGCUUCCACGGUGCUGCCCUAGCUACAGGAUGCAAGAUCACCAUCAAGGAGGACAUUCCCUUAUAUUUGUGGACAGGCGACGCCUUCACCGAGAUCGCGCAGCAGUACUACGGUCUUGCGGUCGGAACUCAGAGCACGUCUGCGUCUACCGACUUCGGAAACAUCAGUCAAGCUCUUCCCGGCUUGCAUCCCACCUAUGCUAUUCCCGCUGAAAGAGGCAACCAUACUCCCGAGUUUGCUGAGGCCGCAGCGACGCCCGCGGCGCAUGCUGCAGCUAUGCGGAUUACGAAGGCGCUGGCCGUCUUCGGGGUCAAGUUCCUUCAGAAGGAGGUCGCGAUGAAGGCCAAGGUGUGCGAUGCGUUAAAUAGAUACAGCCAAAGACUUCAAGCUCACACAUGGUCGCAGAAACGCUUCACUUAG